AUGACAAUCUUAGCAUUGGAAUUGUCUUGUUCACCUUGUAAACAUCGUUCAGCUGUAGCACCCUUCCGGUGCCUAACUGCCAUGCCACCUGAAGGUUGCACGAGGGCUGGGAUACUGUCAGGUUGCCCAAGCCUAGACAAGGGCAGUCGAAAGGCGGAGGUUGGGUUCGAACCACAGACCUUCCGGUCAGCAACUGAAUGUGCUGCACCAUGCCGCCUCACCUUCCAGCUGCUACGAUAUUCCAGACAUAGCGAUACAUGUACAGACGUAAUGCACUAA